CUGUCUCCUUGUUAUUACACGCUUCUAGAUCCCUCUGGCUCUGCCUUCAAAAUAUCAAUUUUUUUCCAAAUUGAAAAAAAUCCUAAUUCGUCGCUUUCCUCGAUUCAACGAUCCGUAGGGUUUUGCCCCAAGAUGUUAAAUACACACCGAUACAUACAAAGCUCGUGACAAGAUGUCUUCUGUGUAAAAGAAAGCCAAAGCUUUCUCCGUUCUCCUUCCUCUAUUUUCAUUUCUGAUACAAAGAAACCUCUUAAAGGAAAAGUUCAGCAAUCAUGAUAAAUCCGUUAUUAUCAAUCCAGAACUCGCCAGCCAAGUUCUUGAAACCACCAUUUUCGUCCAUUAACAGGAAACAACAACAACAACAACAAGAGAGGCACAGCAGGAACAAUACCCUUUCCAUGGUGGAAACCAAAUCAAGAAGAGCGACAACAUUCGCAUGUCUCUCCAUAACUAGAGGAAGAAGAAGAAACAAGGGUGUGUCUGAAUCUGAAGAAACGGUGAGAUACGAACAAAUGGGUGGUGAAGGUCUCUCGGUUUUGUGUGGGUUGGGUUAUUGGGUACAAGGAUCGAGAUGCUUCCCAUGGCUUGCACUUAAUUUCCAUAUGGUUCAUAGCCUCGGGUUCCAACCAUCGACGCUUCAGCUUGUGCAGUAUUCUUGCAGUCUUCCCAUGGUGGCCAAACCUCUCUACGGAGUUCUCUCUGAUGUUCUUUACAUCGGAAGUGGUCGUAGAGUUCCUUACAUCGCCAUUGGAGUGUCUCUGCAGGUUUUAGCAUGGGGUUCAAUGGCGAUGUUCCAAGGAGCUAGAGAAGUUCUUCCAUCUCUUAUGGCAUGUGCCCUGCUUAGCAACCUUGGAGCAUCUGUCACUGAGGUUGCAAAAGAUGCUCUUGUCGCGGAAUACGGUCUGAGAUACCGGAUAAACGGUCUCCAGUCUUAUGCGCUCAUGGCUUCAGCAGCUGGUGGAAUCCUAGGAAACUUACUUGGAGGAUAUCUCUUACUCAGAACACCUCCUAAGAUCUCCUUUCUUGUUUUCACCGCUGUGUUGUCUCUGCAGCUUGCGGUUUCAUUAUCUUCCAAAGAAGAAUCUUUUGGCUUACCACGGUUAGCAGAGACAAGCUCGGUUGUGAGGAGCGUAAAGAAACAGUUAUCGAAUCUUAGGGAGGCAAUUCAGACGGAUGAAAUCUCACAGCCUCUGAUUUGGGCAGUAGCAUCCAUUUCAAUGGUCCCACUUCUGUCGGGAUCAGUCUUCUGUUACCAAACUCAAGUUCUAAACCUCGAUCCUUCGGUUAUUGGAAUGUCGAAAGUGAUCGGACAGCUGAUGCUUCUCUGUCUAACCGUGGUCUACGAUCGAUACUUGAAGACGCUUCCCAUGAGGCCACUGAUCCAUAUCGUCCAACUCUUGUACGCUCUAUCGAUUCUCCUCGACUAUAUCUUGGUGAAGCAGAUAAAUCUCGGGGUUGGAAUCUCCAACGAGGUCUUCGUGCUCUGUUUUUCAAGCUUAGCAGAGAUCCUUGCGCAGUUCAAGAUCCUUCCAUUUGCAGUCCUGUUAUCAAACAUGUGUCCUCAAGGCUGUGAAGGAUCAGUCACAUCUUUUCUUGCUUCAGCUCUGUGUCUAUCACAAAUAGUUAGCGCGUUCUUAGGGGUGGGUUUGGCUAAUCUGAUCGGUGUAACAUCAAGUAACUACUCAAACCUGCCUUCAGGGAUACUCAUACAGUCUCUAGCAGCUUUGGUACCUUUGUGCUUCAUGCACUUUCUCCCAAUGUCAGAACCUGUGAUUGGGAAAGAAGUAAAGAGGAGUAUAAGUAAGAGAGGCAGGAGAAACAGACGAAUCGGGAGAGUAGUUAUACACCAAGACGAUAUCCCGUAUCGACGAAGAAGAGAGUCCGAAGAAGCACAAACAUAGUCUGUAAAGUAUUAAGUAAAUCACGGAGAUUAGAAUAGUUGUUUACAAUCACAGAUUAGAAUUUGUAUAUACUGAGAUUUUCCUGUGUGUUUCUUGCGGCUAUGUUUCGCAGUAUUAUAAUACCAAGAAGUCGAAAACAGAAUAUUGCAUCUU